AUGGCCACUCCCCAUCUGCACCCUCACUCCCCAUCUGCACACCCAUGGCCUCUCCCCAUCUGCAACCCCACUCCUCAUCUGCACACCCAUGGCCACUCCUCAUCUGCACACCCAUGGCCCAUAUCCACCCCACUCCCCAUCUGCACCCCCACUCCCCAUCUGCACACCCACUCCCCAUCUGCACUCCCACACCCCAUAUCCACCCCACUCCCCAUCUGCACACCCACUCCCCAUCUGCUCACCCACUCCCGAUAUCCACCCCACUCCCACUUCCCAUCUGCACCCCCACUUCCCAUAUCCACCCCUCACCCCAUCUGCACACCCACUCCCCAUAUCCACCCCACUCCCACUUCCCAUCUGCACCCCCACUUCCCGUAUCCGCCCCACAUCCCAUCUGCACACCAACUCCCCAUAUCCACACCACUCCCCAUCUGCACCCCCACUCCCCAUCUGCACCCCCACUCCCAAUCUGCACCCCACUCCCCAUAUCCACCCCACUCCCCAUCUGCACCCCCACUCCCUCUCUGCACCCCCACUCCCUAUCUGCGCACCCACUCCACAUCUGCACACCCAUUCCCCAUCUGCACCCCCACUCCCCAUCUGCACACCCACUCCCCAUCUGCACCCCAACACCCCAUAUCCACCCCACUCCCCAUCUGCACCCCCACUCCCCAUCUGCACCCCCACACCCCAUAUCCACCCCACUCCCCAUCUGCACCCCCACUCCCCAUCUGCACACCCACUCCCCAUCUGCUCACCCACUCCCUAUCUGCUCACCCACUCCCCAUAUCCACACCACUCCCACUUCCCAUCUGCACCCCCACUUCCACCCCCAUCUACCCCAUCUGUUCCCCAACUCUCCAUAUCUAUGUGCAGCCUGUGUUGCUUGUGGCAGGGUAA